AUGCUCACCAGUUCAGACCAGUCCCUCUCCCUCUCCCUCCCACCCAACCUCCACUCUCCAUCCAGCUGUGGUCCAGCAAGAGAAACACGUAUCCAGUCGUCCCUGUCCCUCCCCGAGCCUGAGGCCUGGAGGAUGCCCAGCAUCGCUGCGCGUCAAUGCCUCGCUCAAGGAGCUCGCUCCUGCUCUCUGCAGGUCCCUCAUGCCGUCCCUGAGUACCUGGGCCUGCCCCCUCGGGCAGCCAGCUUUGAUGUGCCUUAUGGUCGAGACGAGGGCUCGUCCGAUCAGGGUUCAGGGUCUCUAAGCCCCCACUGUAUGCUGCGACGGCGUGGGGGACUUGUGGAGCAGAAGGAUAUCAUCAUGGCUCACCAGGCACAUAAAAUCCAGAGCACGCCGCAGGCCCGCAGGAAGGAGUGGGAAAUGGCUCGGUUUGGAGACGAGUCCGCUCCCAGCACGGUGGACUCCGGGGAUGGGGACUUGGAGCGAGGUGGGGACGGGCAGGACGCGGCGGCGGCGGCCGCGGCUGGACUGACCGCUUCCAUGAAACAAGCUAAGGCGCAGCGGGCCCGGACCAUGGCUCUGUACAACCCCGUCCCACACCGGCAGAACUGCCUCACCGUCAACAGGUCGCUCUUCAUAUUCGCAGAGGACAACAUCAUUAGGAAAUACGCAAAGAGGAUCAUUGAAUGGCCACCAUUUGAGUACAUGAUCCUGGCCACCAUCACCGCCAACUGUGUCGUCCUGGCUUUGGAGCAGCACCUCCCAGGAGAGGACAAGACCCCCAUGGCAAAGAGACUGGAGAAGACAGAGCCCUACUUUAUUGGGAUCUUCUGCUUUGAGGCAGGGAUCAAGCUGGUGGCCCUUGGUUUUGUUUUCCAUAAAGGUUCCUACCUGAGGAACGGCUGGAACGUCAUGGACUUCAUAGUCGUGCUCAGUGGGAUCUUGGCCACUGCUGGUGCCCACAUGAACAUCCCAGUCGACCUUCGAACCCUCAGGGCUGUGCGAGUGCUGAGACCUCUCAAACUCGUCUCGGGGAUCCCCAGCCUGCAGAUUGUGCUGAAGUCUAUCAUGAAGGCCAUGAUCCCGCUGCUUCAGAUCGGCCUUUUGUUGUUCUUCGCCAUCCUCAUGUUUGCCAUCAUCGGUCUGGAGUUCUACAGCGGGAAGCUUCACCACACCUGCCUGGCAUCUUUCGACAUCCUCGACAAUGAGACUGUUGACUCGUCCGAGUUGGCGUUUGCAUGUGGAGUGAGGAAGUGUCCAGAGAAGUACGACUGCAACGACACCUGGAUCGGGCCCAAUGACGGCAUCACGCAGUUCGACAACAUCCUGUUUGCUGUGCUCACCGUCUUCCAGUGUAUUACCAUGGAGGGAUGGACGGCCGUUCUUUAUAAUACCAACGACGCCUUGGGUACCACAUGGAACUGGAUGUACUUCAUUCCUCUCAUCAUCAUUGGGUCGUUCUUUGUUCUGAACCUGGUGUUGGGAGUGUUGUCUGGAGAAUUUGCCAAGGAGAGGGAGAGGGUGGAGAACCGGCGCGCCUUCAUGAAGCUGCGCCGCCAGCAGCAGGUGGAAAGAGAACUGAACGGCUACCGAGCCUGGAUAGACAGGGCAGAGGAGGUAAUGCUCGCUGAGGAGAAUAAAAAUUCAGGGAGAUCGCCGUUAGAUGUGCUAAAGAGAGCGAGUAAGAAGACCGGAGCACGGAGAGGAGCACCAGGGGACGAGAAGUACACAGACAUGUCUACUGCCAGCAUGUCGCGAUCGAGGAUGAACUUCCGCAGUGGGCGCCGUGGCCCUGCCGCCUACCUGCGCCGUAAAGAGCGCAUGUUACGCAUCUCCAUCCGCCGCAUGGUGAAGACAGACACUUUCUACCUGAUGGUUCUCAGUCUGGUGGCUCUGAACACUGUCUGUGUGGCCAUCGUCCACCACAACCAGCCCGACUGGCUGACCAUCUUCCUCUACUAUGCAGAGUUUGUUUUCCUGGGGCUGUUUUUGGCUGAGAUGUUUUUGAAAAUGUAUGGUCUGGGUUUCCGGCUCUAUUUCCAUUCAUCUUUCAACUGCUUCGACUGUGGGGUCAUUGUCGGCAGCAUCUUUGAGGUGGUUUGGGGCUUCUUCAGGCCUGGCAUGUCAUUUGGGAUCAGCGUACUGAGGGCGCUGAGGCUUCUGAGAAUUUUUAAGAUCACCAAGUACUGGGCCUCUCUCAGGAACCUGGUUGUGUCCCUCAUGAGCUCCAUGAAGUCCAUCAUCAGCCUGCUGUUUCUUCUCUUCCUCUUCAUCGUGGUGUUUGCUCUGCUGGGGAUGCAGCUUUUCGGAGGAAGGUUCAUCUUUGAAGAUUACACUCCCACAAACUUUGACACGUUUCCAGCUGCCAUCAUGACAGUGUUUCAGAUUCUGACUGGCGAGGACUGGAACGAGGUGAUGUACAAUGGGAUUCGCUCACAGGGAGGCGUGCAGUAUGGCAUGUGGUCAUCCAUCUACUUCAUUGUGCUCACACUAUUUGGAAACUACACGCUGCUGAAUGUCUUCUUGGCCAUCGCUGUAGAUAAUCUGGCAAAUGCACAGGAACUGACAAAGGAUGAAGAAGAGGAAGAGGAGUUCUUCAACCAGAGAUAUGCCAGAGGCAGGGAUGGCUUGAUCUCUGAUGGGAGAAGAAGACCCUACCUAUACAGGAAACGUGCGAUCCACCGAGGUCGUCCAAACUUCCCAGAGGACCCAGAGGGUGCAACAGCUGCCGCAGACGAGCAGCCUCUCAAUGGCUCCAACGCCUUCACCAACCGCCGCGAGAGGAGGAGAAAAGUCAACAUGUCAGUGUGGGAGCAGAGAGCCAACCAGCUACGCAAACGUCGCCAGAUGGCGAGCAGAGAGGAGCUGUUUAGCAGCCCUACGGAGGACACCGUGGAAACUCCCACUAUCGCCCACCACACCUCCACCCUUUCCCCAGAGGCCAGUCCGGCUCACCUGCCCGAGUCUCCCAUGUCUGUUGGGAUGCCCCUCCCCGAGCCCCCGAUGUCCGUCUCUAUCCCCAUCCCUGAGCCUCCGGCGGCCGAGCCUCUGGUAAACCUGGUUGAGGAUAAAACAGGAGGAGCUAACCACCGGACUACAGGUGGGGGCAGGCACAGGAUUGCCCGCAAGUUCAGGCCUACUCAGGGGCCGGACGAAGGGGCCCGGCACAGACGUCACCGGCACCGCGAUGCUCGCACUGAGGCCAAGAGUCUGGACUGUGCCCAGGCACCACAUGAGGUGCCAAUAGUGAGACGGUCACUGAGCCAGGAGAGGAAGAUACUGGAUGAGAGGGAAGAGAAGGAUGAAAGAGAGGAGAAAGGAGAGGUAGAAGGAGGAUCAGUCCAAGAUGACUGUGGAACCUGUAUCGUCAACCCAUAUGCAGAAGUCGGAGAAGACUGUAGAAGAGCCGACAUUCCUGAUCCGCCGCAAUGUGAGCAGCUGCUUGACGGUACCUGGUCAGAGCAAGGUGAAGGCGGGCACACAGACCAAAAUAUCCCAGUGGAGCCCGCUUUGGAGGCCACAGAGUACACUGUGAGCGCCAUGGAAGCCGAGAACUGCCCGGUCGCCAUCAAACGUGACAAGUCCAACCUGGAGGGAAGCGUGGCCAUUGAAAUGUCUGCACAACCGCUGCUGGAGCUCACACCCAUGACAGUGAACAGUAAAGAGUUGGAGGCGUACCAGUCCGAGCUGAGAGAGGGAGACGAGGACACGGAGGAGGAGGAACCUCCGAUUCCUCCCAAACCUGUAGCUCCAGACAGCAUGUUCAUCUUCAAGGCCUCCAACCCUAUCAGAAGGAUCUGCCACUAUGUCGUCACUCUGCGCUACUUUGAGAUGACUAUCCUCCUUGUGAUCGUGGCGAGCAGCAUUGCACUGGCUGCUGAGGACCCCGUGUGCACCAGCUCAGACAGAAACAAGGUCCUCCGUUAUUUUGAUUAUGUCUUCACUGGAGUGUUCACCUUUGAAAUGAUCAUUAAGAUGAUAGACCAAGGUCUCAUUCUGCACGACGGCUCUUAUUUCCGGGACAUGUGGAACAUGCUGGACUUCAUUGUGGUGGUGGGAGCUCUGAUUGCCUUUGCUCUAACGAACAACAAAGGCCGAGACAUCAAGACAAUAAAGUCACUCAGAGUUUUGAGAGUUCUGCGGCCUCUUAAAACUAUCAAGAGACUCCCUAAACUCAAGGCUGUUUUUGACUGUGUGGUCACAUCUCUGAAGAACGUCUUCAACAUCCUCAUUGUGUACCAGCUCUUCAUGUUCAUCUUUGCUGUCAUUGCGGUGCAGCUCUUCAAGGGGAAGUUCUUCUAUUGCACUGACAGCUCCAUGAAUUCAGAGAAGGAAUGCCAAGGCUACUACAUUGACUACAGCAGAGACAAAAAGGAGGUGAAGAGGAGAGAGUGGAGGAGACAUGAGUUUCACUACGACAACGUCUGCUGGGCCCUCCUCACACUUUUCACUGUCUCAACUGGAGAGGGAUGGCCUCAGGUCCUGCAGCACUCGACUGAUGUAACAGAGGAGAACAUGGGGCCGAGUCGGGGGAACCGAAUGGAGAUGUCCGUCUUCUAUGUGGUUUACUUCGUGGUCUUCCCGUUCUUCUUUGUCAACAUCUUCGUGGCUCUGAUCAUCAUCACCUUCCAGGAGCAGGGUGACAAGAUGAUUCAGGAGUGCAGUCUGGAAAAGAACGAGAGGGCUUGCAUCGACUUUGCCAUCAGCGCCAAGCCGAUGACCCGCUACAUGCCCCAGAACAGACAGACCUUUCAGUACAGGCUGUGGCACUUUGUGGCGUCGCCCUCUUUCGAGUACACGGUGCUCGUCAUGAUCGCCCUCAACACCGUGGUCCUCAUGAUGAAGUACCACUCAGCCCCGACAGCGUACGACACAGUCCUGAAACACCUGAACUCAGCGUUCACUGUCCUCUUCUCGAUGGAGUGCGUACUCAAGAUUAUGGCAUUUGGUUUUAUUAACUACUUUCGAGAUACUUGGAAUAUUUUUGAUUUCAUCACUGUUCUUGGCAGCAUCACAGAGAUAAUUGUGGAUUUACAGUCGGUGAACACCAUCAACAUGAGUUUCCUGAAGCUUUUCCGAACAGCCAGGUUGAUCAAGCUGCUGAGACAGGGUUACACCAUCCGUAUCCUGCUGUGGACCUUCGUACAGUCGUUUAAGGCUCUUCCUUAUGUCUGUCUUCUCAUUGCAAUGCUGUUCUUCAUAUAUGCCAUAAUUGGAAUGCAGGUGUUUGGAAACAUCAAGCUGAACGACGAGAGUCACAUCAAUCAGCACAACAAUUUUAAGACGUUUUUCAGCGCAUUGAUGCUUCUGUUCAGGAGUGCGACAGGAGAGUCCUGGCAGGAGAUCAUGCUCUCCUGUCUGUCAGGUCAGGAGUGUGAGCCAGACCCUUCCAUCUCCCCCCUGACCAUGUCUCCAGACCACGAGGGAGGCUGUGGGACUGACUUCGCUUACUGCUACUUCGUCUCGUUCAUCUUCUUCAGCUCGUUCCUGAUGCUGAAUCUGUUUGUGGCUGUGAUUAUGGACAACUUCGAGUACCUGACACGAGACUCCUCAAUCCUCGGUCCUCAUCACCUGGACGAGUUCGUCCGCAUCUGGGGGGAGUAUGAUCGUUUGGCAUGUGGUCGUAUCCACUACACAGCCAUGUACGAGAUGUUGACACACAUGUCGCCGCCCCUGGGCCUGGGUAAAAAAUGUCCUGCUAAGAUCGCCUAUAAGAGGUUGGUGUUGAUGAACAUGCCUGUGGACGAGGACAUGACCGUCCACUUCACCUCCACUCUGAUGUCGCUCAUCCGCACAGCUUUGGAGAUCAAAAUAGCUCGAGGUGGUGAGGACCGUAUCGCUCUGGAUAGUGAACUGCAGAAAGAGAUCAGUAUCAUUUGGCCUUAUCUGCCCCAGAAGACGUUGGACCUACUGGUACCUAUCAACAAAGAUACGGACAUGACCGUGGGGAAGAUCUACGCUUCGAUGAUGAUAAUGGACUACUUCAAACAGAACAAAGCCAAGAAGCUCAGGCAACAACUAGAAGCUCAGAAGAGUAACUUGAUGUUCAAGCGUCUGGAUGCCUCCACCCUCCCAGAGGACAUUCUCUCCAACACCCAGCCUCUGCCAAUGAUGGCUCACAGCGCUGGUUCAGCCCUGUGA